AUGGCUUCACAUGAUACCUCGUUGCAUCUCGGCAUGGCCAGCGGGAAUGCCACCGUGAGCGGUGCCCGACAACAGGUCGACAGCAUUCGCGAUGACCUCGGGUAUCCUUCCCAAGAAUACUUGGAUACUCUAGACGACCAACAGCGGGAGGGGUUGUUCAAGCUUCUUCACAGCAAGGAUAGGCUCAUUGGAGCCUCUGUUGUCUCCCUUGCCAAAAGUCUCUACACCAGCCAGGCUAGAUUCGUUUUCGAGCUUCUGCAAAAUUCGGAAGACAAUCACUACUCUAAAGCUCUUUCGCUUAAUGAGACGCCACAAGAGUGCAAUGAGGACGGCUUCGACAAGGUGAAUCUCGCAGCAAUCUGCAACAUUGGCAAGAGCUCCAAGAAAACCUCGCAGACCUACAUCGGCGAAAAGGGCAUUGGAUUUAAGUCCGUCUUCAUGGUAGCCCACAAAGCAUACAUACAGUCCGGGAACUAUUCCUUCUACUUCCAACACCGCCCCACGGACAACGGAAUGGGCAUGAUUGCGCCGCAGUGGCAAGAAACAGAAGAAUAUCUUGGAGAUCAUUUCACAAGAAUCACUUUGUCUCUUCAUGACGAAGGAACUGAAGAAGAGCUUGCGGCACAGUACCAAAUGAUACGUGAGCAAUUCGAAAAAGUUCAUGAGGCGAUCCUUCUCUUCAUGUCGAAAUUGAAGCACAAGGUCCGAAAUGAGGAAAAGCACUACUUUGCUAGCACAUACCUUGCCUCGGGUCUGGCCAAAAACAAAAAUCGAGAUUACACAAGAGAAGACUUGGCAUCUGAGUCCUACUCCAGGUCGCCUAUCACUCUGGCGUUCCCUCUUACUGAUACAGAUGAGCCACUGCUACUAGCACAGUGGGUUUUUGCCUACUUGCCUGCAUCUCGAAUGGGUUUCAAGUUCAUUAUCCAAGCCGAUUUCGAAACUCAAGCCAACCGUGAAGGAAUAGUCAUGACGGCGUCUCGAAACAAAACUCUUAUGUUUGGUAUUGCGGAAGCCUUCAUUCACGCUGUCCAUGCCAUGCGAAAGGUUCCGUUUCUCCGUUUCACGUGGAUGCGCUAUCUUCCAGCAGAGAACGAUUACCCAUGGGAUGAAACCUGGUCUACGCUACUCACACAUAUCCGUCAUUUACUCAAAGAGACCAAAAUUCUAGAACCAGCCGACGAUGGCGCUCCUCUGAAAUACUUGCACGCUAGCAGGCAGCACACGCUUGUCGAACUGGACAAGCAUGGAAAGCCACUUUUACCUGACAAAACACCAAAUAUUUACAUUUCUCUUCAGUACAAGCACUGUGAUCUUGAUAUAUUACGAACCUUUGGGUUGAGUGGAACCGGUAUGAAUGAAAUCAUCGCCCGAGCCGAGGCGGAUUUGGAGAGGUCGACUUCGAGAAUAAAAACUCCCAACGACGAAGUACAGUCAGGCAUUGCGAGACUGUUGACAGUGCCGUUUACGAAAGGCUGGUUAGAACUGCAAAAGCAAGUUCGGAAACUGGAGAUGGUCCAACUUCAGGGCGGAGAAUGGUGCGCGGCGUACGAUAAAUGUGUCUAUUUCUCUGCCAUGGACGCAACCGAUAUUACUAUCCCCAAUGGACUCGGAUGGCAUGUCUUGGACCGCUCGGCGGAGUCAUUACCAGAUAUGAAGCAUCUUCUAGAGCUAGUUGGUGUGAAACAGGCGUCUGUAUCUGACGUACGAACAACAAUUGCGCGUAUCUACAACAUGUUCGGGAGUAAAUCUUCAAUCGCAGCAACUUUGAGCUUGGCCGCCGACCACCUACGGUUUCUGUAUUUGACAGAGCAUUUAUUGCAAGAUCACGAAAUUUACCAAGGUAUUUGCGUCUAUAGCUCGAGAGGAGCUUUAAUCAACCCGAGGUCAUCAAGAAUGUAUAUCUGGAAUACAGAUCCUUACGGAGUAGCUAGUCUUUUCGCAUCCACCGCCUCUGGAAAUAACCCAGGAAGUGGUGCACCAGGCAUGAGACUUACCUACUUGCAUAGUUCCUACUUUGAAACCCCGCCUGAGAAACCAGAAAAACAAUCUCUCGAUUGGAAGGAAUGGCUGCAUGCCCGAUUCAACAUUCGGCGCAUGGUUCCAUUGUUGAGCAGGGAUCAAACUGAACUUUCAAGCGGCUGCAAAUACCUAGCGCGGUAUCGACCAGAUCAAUUCCUUGUCUUUUUGCAAUCAACUUGGAACGAUGCCGUACUAAAUGUAAAUAAUCACAGCAACAUUGUCCGUGAGAUCCUGGAUGUGCGCGUGGUCUGCUCUAGAGGAAGCAGCGAAAAGACGGUGCGGCUUAAACAAACCUACUUGCCCCUGAAAAAAAUAAUGGACCUCUGCGACCGGUUUCUUAUAGAAGGAGAUUUCUUUCCCUUUCUCAAAAUCAACCGUCCGCUUAGCCAUGGCACAAGCCCUGGUGAGUGGGAGGCACUGGGCAACAGUUUUGGACUCGGAUACAAUGAGAACGACCUCAUGGGGUUUCUCCUCGACCUUUUCAGGGAAAUCAUGAAUGCAGCUGAAGAGCGCGAUGUUGAACCGUAUCCACAGAGAAUUUACGACUUAUACUUGUAUCUGCAGGCUGAAUGUCGACAAUCCAAUGAUUUUGAAGCAAGUUGUAAGAUGAUCCGGCAAAGUACUCUGGGGGAGACUGUUUUCGUCCCUACAGAUAACGAAUGGGAUGAUACAAUUCUCUGUGUUUGGGAAGCACCAGAGGGCUUGGCGCUGCAAAAGAAGUAUUCUCUGACUGAGAGAUUUUGUAGCUCAUUUAAGGACUUUGAGGCCGACAAAGCUUUAAUGGCAGAUCUUUUUGUCAAUAUGCUAGGCAUUGCUCCCGCCUGCACAUGGCAAGACUUGGUUGAUGAACUCAGAGUCUGCAAGGCGAAUGGGGAAGGCGAUUGUGAAUUUAUCUACAAGCUAUAUAAAUGUCUUUCGAACUCCAACCACGGGUCCCAAGCCAUGAAGCAGAUGCGCAACAUGUUUAUGGAGGAGCCUCUCAUUUACGAUCCUACAGGUGUGGCAGCGUGGUACGAAACCUCUCGUUGUCUGUGGUCCAGCGCAACCAAUAUUAGAGGAAUGUUUGCUGUCAAUGCCAUCUACGACGAUUUGAAGCACUUUUUCGUCAACAAGCUUGGUGUCCAAACGCGCACGGUGGGAAUGGUAUAUAAAAAGUUAGCAGGGGAUACUACAACACUUGCUACCGAUGAGAUCAAAACUACCCUGAUGGUAUUCAGCGUUUUAUUGGAAACAGAAGGGGGCGAUUUUGAUCCAAAACCCAUCCUUGAGAAGAAAUUGCUACCCGUAAUAUCCCCAAAUGGAGAGUUGGAAUUGCGUACGGCAAAGCAGGAUUUUGUGAUACGAGACCGACAGCACCUGAGUGACGAUUUUGCACAGAAGGCUUGGUUCCUAGAUUUCAACAUGGAGUCAGUUCGACGUCUCCAAUAUUUUAUUGAAUGGGCCGGUCUUGAGAAGCGAUAUAUCUCCGAGGCCAUCAAGGAAGUCUGCACCGUAGAUUUCAGCUCAACCAGGCCCAUCCGCAACGCACGCUUGCAGAUUUCACAAAAGGCUCAUGCGAUGACAAGAAUUGCGGCUACAUUUAACAGCCCUAGGUUACAGGGGAAUGCACCCGCGUUGUACAACCUAUUCAAGACCUCGCAAACUCUUGAAGCCAGCAGCAUUACAUCUACGCUAAUCAUAAAUCAGUCUGGCACACCCAUCUCCGUUGAUAAAGAAUCGGCAAAUCUAUACAUACCCGAUGAUGCGAGUGAGCUAAAGAUAUAUCUUACAGAUGAUGCGAUUGAGCAGGAAAGCUGUUUCAACACGAAGUUGCCACGUCGACUGGCACAGUAG